UCUUGGGAGAAGGAAACUUUUUUAGCAGUCUAUCUUCUGAGGUUAAUGCAGUCUGAGUGUUUUGGUGGUUUUCACUCCAUUUAAACAAACUACUCCUUUUAAACAAACUACUACGAAAACAAUCUAUUAUUUGGCAGAAAUGUGAACAAUUACACAAAAUGUGUGUAUACAAAAGCCCACAUAUAUAUAUAAAAUGAUAUUACAACCAAUGGAAAAUGGAGUGUUAAAACGAAGUGAAUAGGAGACUUGUGGGAUCUUGCUCCUCUGGCCUAAGCAGUCUUUAGCAGCUGGCACUAUUCCAUGGCUCCCUAGGAAAAUACAAUAAAUAUAUCUAGCGAUAAAAUGCAUUUUUGCAGAAAAGAAUUGUGAUCUAUUAACUAACUAGAUCCUUAGGGUACAAGCUAAUUCUUUUUUUUUUUAACCCUAAUAUCUCUGAAAUUUCAAUGCAGCAUUUUUGUUUUAUCUUUUUAAGCAGAAAAAUUAUCCUUCGUAUCUGAAAAAUCAUGUGCAAGUUAAACAGCAUCUUGGAGACCCUUGAAUUCCUGAUUUUAUUAGGAUAUUACUACUUUGAGGCUUUCGUUCUGUUAAUUUGUCCUCCAUGUAAAAAGAAUGUUGCUGGUGAAAUAGUGCUUAUUACAGGAGCUGCAAAUGGGAUUGGAAGGCAGAUUGCCUUAAAUUUUGCUCGUCUUGGGGCUACCCUGGUUUUCUGGGACAUUGAUGAAGAAGGUAACAAAGAGACGACUAAACUGGCCAAAGAAAAUGGAGCCAAAGGAGUUUAUGCCUACAGGUGUGACUGCAGCAAUAGGGAAGAAGUCUACAGAGUGGCAGAUCAGGUUAGAAAAGAAGUUGGGGAUGUUAAUAUCCUAAUCAAUGAUGCAGGCAUAGCAAAUGUGAAGACGUUUCUUGACCUUCCAGAUGCCGAUAUGGAGAAAACUAUAAGGGUGAACAUCAUGGCCCAGUUCUGGACUUGCAAAGCCUUCCUUCCAGCUAUGAUUGCCUGUAACCGUGGACACUUGGUUAGUAUCUCAAGUGGAACUGGACUUAUUGGUGCCAAUAAACUGACAGAUUAUAGUGCAAGUAAAUUUGCAAUAAUUGGCUUUCUGGAGUCACUAGCUUUUGAGUUGCAGGCUGCAGGAAAGAAAGGCAUUAAAACCACCAUCGUCUGUCCUUCUUUUGUAAAUACAGAAUUAUCCACGGGUAUUCGUGUCUCGAGGCCACUUUUACUUCCUAUUUUGGAUGUAGAGUAUGCAGGCAGGAAGAUCGUGGAUGCAAUUCGAGAGGAGAAGUUUUAUGUGUUCAUGCCUCUGACCAAUUGCCUUUCUUCUUUGAAAAACUUUGUACCUAAGAAAGUGCUACUCCUUGCUGUAGAGUAUGCUGGUAUUUUCAACAAUCUGGACGGUGUCAGAGACCGGAAGAGAAGGGACCAAAACUACACUGCUCUGAAGAUGUCAGAUACCAGCUAAUCAAAAUUCAUGUGUAACAGUUAAUGGACAUAAUGGGUUAUUUCUUCAGGUUUAUUUCUUCCUUAGAUCAAUUCUCUUCUAUAUGAUACUUUAGGUGUUUAAAGAUGUCAUACUUGUUCUGAUAGCUGUCUGUUAAUCAGUAUUUUUUAUCCUCAACUGUUCUCUCUUCUUUCCAUCAGUACAGGCAUAUUCUCCACUCAACAUAUGUACGUAAUUCAUUAAAGCAAAUAAAAGUUAAUGUAGUGAUCUGUCUCAGUACCGAGGUCACAAAUUAUCAUAGCUGUUACCUUUAUGGGCUCUCAUGGCUAAGAGAUUGUGAGAUUUAAUGGACAUGGAGAGAUUGACCUAAUCUCAUCUUGUGAAAGGUAGUUCCUCCAGGACAAUAAUCGGGGCUGAACAGAA